ACCAUGCGUAUACCAUCUCUCAACUUUCCUUUAACAAUGACUUUACAAAAGACUGUCAUUGAUAAUAGUCAGACAUAUUUGUAGGAAGCUGUAUUUUGUUUUGCUUAUUUUAGAGAUAAGAAGUAAUUAUUCAGCUUUUUGUGAUGUAAUUGGAUACAUUUAGUGACCGAAAUAUGGAUUCACAAGAACAGCAUUCAUCUGAUUUCAUUAAUGUUAGUCAUAAAUCAAAUUCAUUGUCAAAAAACGACUUUGAAAGUCUUGGUUUUGUUAUUGACAAUGGCAAGCCCAGAUUUAAAUUGGAUGAGCCUGUAUCUACAAAUUUUCUUCCAAAUAUCGAAUUGACGAAGUCAGAGGAUUCUCUCGAUGACAGCGACACAUUAUCUUUUGUCAUACUGGGAAAGAAAUCGUUAGAUUCUAUACAAGCAUCGUCUUUAGCAACAUACUCCGAUAUUCAACAAAAAUGCAUGUCAAUUGAUUAUAAUUCAAUAAUAUCAUCUUUAAAUUCUUCUGAAAUACAACAAAAGUUAGCAGAAUUGUUACAGGAGAAUGUCAAAUUAAAAGAAACAUUAAAACAAAAUACUAUAGCUAUGAAACAACAAUUUAAUACUUUAGUAACAUGGCAAGAAGAGGUAAUGAAUGUUCACAAAAAUCAUAAGCAAAAGUUUAAAGAAACCAGACAAUUGAUCAAUGUUCUUAAACAAGAGAAUGCUGAAUUGAAAUUAAAACUUUGUGUUGUAAAUAUAGAUGAUACAAUGGUUGGCAAUACGAAGGAAUUUAGUAAUUCAAUUCAUUUAAAUCAGUUGCAAAAGAAAAUAUCCUCUUUGACGGAUGAACUAUGUAAUUUUAAAUCCAAUUGUGCAAAAUUAUCUGAAGAUGUUGAAAAAUAUAUCAGUUUACCAAGCAUGACGAAUAUGCAAUUGAAAGAAACUAGUUACACAACAGAAGAGCAAAAUCUUAAAGCAAAAGAACUUGAAGAGCAAGAUCUUAAAAUAAAUGAACCUGAAGAGCAAAAUCUUAAAAGAAAUGAACCUGAAGAGCAAAAUCUUGAAAAAAAUAAACCUGAAAUAGGUGGUAAUACAGAUCAAGUUCAAGUUAAAGAAAUAAGUCAGCUUAAUAAUUCGCUCAAAGAUGAUAUAAAAUCGCUGCAUUGUUCCAUAAAUCUUAAUAUGACACAAAUAUCAGAUCACAUAUCUCCACAAAGUCAUUACUUUACACAAAGUAUAAAACAAUAUGGAGAAAUGUUACAGGAAAUGACUGAUUGUUUCAUUGCACAAAUUUCUCGGUAUUCUGCUAUACAAAAAUGUAUAAAGGAAUGUAUAAAUAUAUUAGAUGCUUGUGAAACUAUAAAAUUACCUGAACAUUGUGAUACAGUUGAAGAAAACUGGUCACUACAACUUGAGCAGCUACAAAUUUACAAAGAUAAGUUAUCAGUCUAUCAGAAAACGUUACAUGAAGAACAAUUAAAAUUAAUAAUCGAUAGACAAAGUUUUAUUAAGAUUCAGAACCAAUUUCAGAAAGUAUUUUCAGAUUAUAAUUCCAUUUUGUAUGAAUUACAAAUAAUAUCAGAAGAGAACAUUAGAUUAAAUAUAUUGAAAGAUAAUAUCUCUAAGGAAAGUUCACAAAAAAUAACUGAAUUAGAGAAACAUAAAAAUGAAAAUGAACAAAAAUUCAAUGAUAUUAAAGCUAUUUUAGAGCAAGAAAGAGAAACUUGGAGCGAACAAAAAAAGUUAUUUGAUAAUCUUAGAAAAACUUUAAAUAUGGAAUACAAACGCUUAAUUGAUCAAAAAGAAAUGCUCUUUAGUUUACACCAGGAAAAAGCAUUAGUGGACAAACAAUGUCAAUUACAUAAGAGUAAUGAAGAACUUUUACAAGCAGAAAAAGAAACAUUGGAACAAAAAUGUAAACAAUUGAUUGUUGAUGCAGAUACUUUACGUAUUCAAUUAGAAGAGAAAGAAAAUGCUCUUAUACAACUCAGUUUGAUUAAAAAAGAACUAGAUAAAGAACUAAUGCAACAAAAAAAUGAUAUAGAGCUUCUAAAAAUACAAAUAUUGUAUAAUGAAGAAGAUUUUAAUUCUGAGAAGAAAGCUAAAGAGGAAUUAUUACUUGAAAGAAAUCAACUACAGAAAGAAUUAGAAAAUGCUUAUAAACAAACGGAACAUUCAUAUUAUGGAGAUUUAGAAUAAAAGUAAACUUCUGCAAGAAAAA